GAAGCAUCAGCUGAGAGCAGCUAUCACAUGGGAGCCCGGAGCUGCUCAGCAAAGAUACCUUUAUAAGAAGCCUCAAGGUCAAAAGUCACAGAGUAAUUCAUCGCUGGAUCUGAGACUAGAAAUCAAACUUUGUGUCCCUACUCAGCCAGUUCCUGUUUUCUGAGGUGACAAGAAAUCAAGGAAUUUACCUGAAGUUGCCUUGAAACGGGGGCUCUGUCUGGAAGCUCAGUAGGAUCCUGGGAAAGGGAGACAGAGGUCCCUGAAUCUCUGGAGCACAGUGUCUGAAAGGGAAAUGGGCCCUGGAGAAGAAAAGGCAGAAGCAGAAUGGAAGCCAGAGACUCCUUAGAAGAUGGAAUGUUGAGAGUGUAAGGCUUGUUUCUGUCUCCUGAUCGGCCCAGACACAAGGUGGACCCGUCUAGAGCUUCCUCUGGAGAGAUGAGCUAUUGAGCCCUCAGCUGCUGGUCUGUUGCCCUGAAGGCUCUGACAGGAGGCCCCUUUGUCACCUCCUCCCAGAUUGGGAAGCCUGGACCUCAGGGUCACUGGACUAGGAUGGGGGAUGGGCCUGUAACAGGAGGUGCCCUGGGUGUCCUUUUUCGGCCCCAUGGAGUCCUCACCCAGCCCCCAGUCAUCAGGGAACUCUUCUACUUUGGGGAGGGUCCUUCAAACCCCAGGUCCUUCGACUGCCAGUGGGGUCCCCGAAGUGGGGCUGCAGGACGUGGCUUCAGAAUCUGUGGCCCUCUUCUUCAUGCUCCUGCUGGACCUGACCGCCGUGGCUGGCAAUGCCGCUGUGAUGGCUGUCAUCGCCAAGACCCCGGCCCUCCGCAAAUUUGUCUUUGUCUUCCACCUCUGCCUGGUGGACUUGCUGGCUGCCCUGACCCUCAUGCCUCUGGCCAUGCUCUCCAGCUCUGCCCUCUUUGACCAUGACCUUUUCGGAGAGGUGGCUUGCCGCCUCUAUUUGUUCCUCAGCAUAUGCUUUGUCAGCCUAGCCAUUCUCUCUGUGUCGGCCAUCAAUGUAGAACGCUACUAUUACGUGGUCCACCCUAUGCGUUAUGAGGUCCGCAUGACACUGGGGCUGGUGGCCUCUGUGCUGGUGGGUGUGUGGGUGAAGGCCUUGGCGAUGGCUUCUGUGCCAGUGUUGGGAAGGGUCUCCUGGGAGGAGGGGGCUCCCAGCGCCCCCCCAGGCUGCUCACUCCAAUGGAGCCACAGUGCCUACUGUCAGCUUUUUGUGGUGGUCUUUGCUGUCCUUUACUUCUUGUUGCCCCUGAUCCUCAUCCUUGUGGUCUACUGCAGCAUGUUCCGGGUGGCCCGUGUGGCUGCCUUGCAACACGGGCCCCUGCCCACAUGGAUGGAGACACCCCGCCAACGCUCUGAGUCUCUCAGCAGUCGCUCCACCAUGGUCACCAGCUCGGGGGCCCCUCAGACUACCCCACACCGGACGUUUGGAGGAGGGAAGGCAGCAGUGGUCCUCCUAGCUGUGGGGGGCCAGUUUCUACUCUGUUGGUUGCCCUACUUUUCUUUCCACCUCUAUGUGGCUCUGAGUGCUCAGCCUAUUUCAAUGGGGCAGGUGGAGAGCGUGGUGACCUGGAUUGGCUACUUCUGCUUCACUUCCAACCCCUUCUUCUAUGGGUGUCUUAACCGGCAAAUUCGUGGGGAGCUCAGCAAGCAAUUUGUCUGCUUCUUCAAGCCAGCGCCAGAAGAGGAGUUGAGGUUACCCAGCCGGGAAGGUUCCAUCGAGGAGAAUUUCCUGCAGUUCCUUCAGGGAACUGGCUGUCCCAGUGAAUCCUGGGUUCCCCGACCCCUGCCCAGCCCCAAACAGGAGCCACCUGCUGUUGACUUUCGAAUUCCCGGCCAGAUAGCAGAGGAGACCUCUGAGUUUCUGGAGCAGCAACUCACCAGUGACAUCAUCAUGUCGGACAGCUACCUCCAUCCGGCCCCCUCACCUCGACUGGAGUCAUGAUGGGGCUGCCAGACUCAUGGAGGAAGAUCGAGUUAAUUAGGGCUGCAAGGACCACCUUGUAGGAACAAACAUUCCCAACUGGUUGGGGCUGAGUCUCUGCAUUUAGCUUUUACUUGGUGUUUUCUGAGUCAGGAACAAAAUGAACAUGUGGCCAAAGCUUUGGACAUGGCCGUGAUGUUUGACCACUGGGGCAGGGGUCCUGGUGAGAUAGUGGGUGAUGAGAGUAAAAGGUUACAAAGGUGAGAUGAUGCCUCCCAGCCACAGCACUUUCCAUGCCUCAGGGAGCAUAUUAGAGUAUAUAGAGUGACUGGGAAGGUUUGGAGUUACUCCAGGGACCCUUGGGCACUCAGGGACCCUAGGUUACAUCUUUUCUCAUUGGAAUGGUCCAGUGAAGUAAUUGCACCCAAGCAAGGUAAGAAAAUGAUUACUGUUUUCUCAUUUCCUUGCUGGUUUUAAAACGAACUUGAUUGCAGCCCAAGUAUUUCCAACAGAAUCAAUAGAUUCUUUCCCUAGUUUUCUGGAGAGCUCGUUGAGGUGAGAAGACCGACUGGAUAUGUUCCUUCUCUAAGUUUGGCCAGGAGCAAGGGGAAGAGGAGAGAGGGAAUCUGGCUGUAAUGCUGGCUUUCCCAUCAUGCAGGAACAACCCUUCUGUUCUGAUUUUCUGCCUUUCUCUAGCACAUGGAGAUCACUUUAGCUUGAUCUCAGCAGAAAUAAGGUGGGAUGGUGCUUUUCUCUUUGUCUUUUAGGAUGGAAUAUAAAGAUGGGAGGUUAGAUAGGUGAAGAUUACCACUUGAAUUUCUGAAACUUAGAU